AUGAUGAUGAUGAUGAUGAUGAUGAUGAUGAUGAUGAUGAUGAUGAUGAUGAUGAUGAUGAUGAUGAUGAUGAUGAUGAUGAUGAUGAUGAUGAUGAUGACAAAAAUAAUAGCAACAAAAAUUCAAUUAUUUCAGCGUUUAUUUGUGGAUUACUGAUUAUUAUUGGCGCAAUCAGUAGUGUUUCUGUAAUACGUCGAAUACAACGUAGACAUUAUCAAAGAAUAUCUGAAUUAAAUAGUAGUCGUAAUAAUAAUAAUAAUAAUAGUAAUAAUAAUGAAGCUAUUAGUAGUCAUUCACGAAUAAUGGUACAAGAACUAUCAUCAAUAAAUGACAAUCGUAUAGUUGAACCAUAUCAGUAUGAAAAAUUAAUUAGUCAACCAAAUCAUGAACUAAUCAGAAAUAGUUAUCAUACUAUAACUAAUGAAGAUAAUUAUUUACCAAAUAAUAAUAUAUAUAAUGUCAAUUGGGUUAAUGCUCCACCUCCACAUGGAUCUACUACAAAGGAUUAUUAAAAAUUCGAUGAUAAAAUUGUAUACUACUACUACUACUACUACUACUACUACUACUACUACUACUACUACUACUACUACUACUACUACUACUACUACUACUACUACUACUACUACUACUACUACUACUACUACUACUACUACUACUACUACUACUACUACUACUACUACUACUACUACUACUACUACUACUACUACUACUACUACUACUACUACUACUACUACUACUACUACUACUACUACUACUACUACUACUACUACUACUACUACUACUACUACUACUACUACUACUACUACUACUACUACUACUACUACUACUACUACUACUACUACUACUACUACUACUACUACUACUACUACUACUACUACUACUACUACUACUACUACUACUACUACUACUACUACUACUACUACUACUACUACUACUACUACUACUACUACUACUACUACUACUACUACUACUACUACUACUACUACUACUACUACUACUACUACUACUACUACUACUACUACUACUACUACUACUACUACUACUACUACUACUACUACUACUACUACUACUACUACUACUACUACUACUACUACUACUACUACUACUACUACUACUACUACUACUACUACUACUACUACUACUACUACUACUACUACUACUACUACUACUACUACUACUACUACUACUACUACUACUACUACUACUACUACUACUACUACUACUACUACUACUACUACUACUACUACUACUACUACUACUACUACUACUACUACUACUACUACUACUACUACUACUACUACUACUACUACUACUACUACUACUACUACUACUACUACUACUACUACUACUACUACUACUACUACUACUACUACUACUACUACUACUACUACUACUACUACUACUACUACUACUACUACUACUACUACUACUACUACUACUACUACUACUACUACUACUACUACUACUACUACUACUACUACUACUACUACUACUACUACUACUACUACUACUACUACUACUACUACUACUACUACUACUACUACUACUACUACUACUACUACUACUACUACUACUACUACUACUACUACUACUACUACUACUACUACUACUACUACUACUACUACUACUACUACUACUACUACUACUACUACUACUACUACUACUACUACUACUACUACUACUACUACUACUACUACUACUACUACUACUACUACUACUACUACUACUACUACUACUACUACUACUACUACUACUACUACUACUACUACUACUACUACUACUACUACUACUACUACUACUACUACUACUACUACUACUACUACUACUACUACUACUACUACUACUACUACUACUACUACUACUACUACUACUACUACUACUACUACUACUACUACUACUACUACUACUACUACUACUACUACUACUACUACUACUACUACUACUGAAAACUGUUCAUCAAAUAGCUAUUAUUGUACUUUAACAUGA